GCACAGAUCACAGCAAGUUCAGUGAACAUAGCAGUUAAAACUGAAACAAAACCAAAAAAUCAGACCCGGGCCCUGUUUCACGAAACAGGAUUACUGAGUUAGCUGGAUAACUGCACUGAGUAAAACCUGGUAGCCUCCCAAAUCUGGAACAUGGACUUAAGUAAUUUGAGCUGUUCCGGGUUUUACCCCGCACAGUUAGCCUAGGAACAGGGGACUGCAGGCAUUUCUACUGGCAGAUCACAUCGUUCAGCCCCUUCUCGGCUUUCCACUUCCCCUGCUGCCUCAAGAGUCGUUCCGACACUGUGAAAGAUGGUAGAAGAUGGGUCUGAGAACACCCACACUAAGGCUGCAACGGAGGCUAAUGGAGCCAGCCCAGCUCAGACACAGCCUAAGAAGCUGAGGCUCAGUCCCAGUCUGGUGUGUGCUGCUUUCUUCAGUGCGCUGGGCUCCUCCUACCUCUAUGGCUACAACCUGUCAGUGGUCAACGCGCCUGCUGUGUAUAUUAAGUCCUUCUAUAACAGGACAUGGAUGGAUCGCUAUGGUGAGCCUGCAUACGGGGAGACGCUCACCCUGCUCUGGUCCAUCACCGUCUCCAUCUUCGCUAUUGGGGGGCUGCUGGGGGCCCUCGUUGUUACCGUGCUCAUAAAAGUCCUGGGCAGGAAGGGCACCCUGUUGGUGAAUAACAUCUUUGCGGUGAUUGCUGCCCUGCUGAUGUCCCUAGGGGAGAGGGCGGGGUCCUUCGAGAUGAUUAUUGUGGGGCGAUUCAUCAUCGGUGUCGACUCUGGCAUUGCCCUCAGUGCCCUGCCCAUGUACCUGGGGGAGAUCUCCCCCAAGGAAAUCCGGGGUUCGAUUGGCCAGUUCAACUCCGUCUUCAUCUGCAUGGGAGUCUUCACCGGCCAGGUCCUGGGCCUGCCUGAAUUAUUUGGACAGGAAUCCAGGUGGAACUUCCUGUUUGGCUUCCUGGCACUCCCUGCAGUGCUCCAGCUCUGUGUUCUGCCAUUCCUUCCGGAGAGCCCACGAUUCCUGCUCAUGGAGAGACGGGAUGAAGCCAGGGCAGAGAAAGCUUUCCAGGCCUUCCUGGGGAAGGAGGAUGUGAGCGCGGAGCUGGAGGAGGUCCAUGCCGAGGGCCGCGCUCAGGUCAAUCUGCGCGCCGCGUCCGUCACCGAGCUCUUCCACAACCGCUCCGUCCGCUGGCAGGCGAUCACCGUCAUCGUCACCAUGGCCUGCUACCAGCUCUGCGGCCUCAACGCUAUAUGGUACUACACCAAUGGGAUACUUGCGGAUGCAGGCUUUCCGCGGAGUGUGGUCCCUUACAUCACACUGAGUACAGGAGGGGUGGAGACACUGGCUGCUAUCUGCUCGGGCCUGGUCAUUGAACGCGUGGGGCGGAGGCCGCUGCUCAUCUUUGGCUUUAGCGCUAUGGCUGUUUCAUUUGGCCUGCUCACCGUUUUCCUCAAUUUCCAGGACCGGGUCUCCUGGAUGCCCUACCUCAGUUUCGCCUGCAUCCUGGCGGUCAUCGCCUCUUUCUGCUCCGGCCCAGGAGGGAUCCCCUUCAUCCUGACGGGGGAGCUGUUUGAACAGUCAUAUCGACCAGCAGCCUUCAUGAUCGCCGGGACCAUCAACUGGCUCGCUAACUUUGCUGUGGGGCUCCUCUUCCCAUUCAUCCAGGAGGCCCUGCAGACCUUUGCUUUCCUGGUGUUCCUGGUGGUCUGUGUGCUGGGGGCAGUGUUCCUGUACUUCAUUCUGCCCGAGACCAAGAACAAGACCUUCAUGGAAAUCAGCCAGAGCUUUGCCAAGAUCAACAAAGUCUCAGACUCCACUCCUGACAAGGAGAUCGAGAUGGCGCUCUCCAUCACACCACAAACCAAGGAAACCUCAAAUGGAACAGUGAGAAGCAUCAUAGAAAUUGAGAGCUCAUUCUAAAAGACUGAUCAGAGGGAAAGCCAUCAGUGUUCUUAGUCAUAAUAUCGCAAAUGUCUUUUUUGUAUACAGUACUGUGCAAAAGUCUUAGGCACCCUAGAUUUUUUAAAUAUAAUAUAUAGUAUAUAUUUGGUCUUAGAUGUUUAUUUUUUUUGUUUUCUGCAUUAGU